AUGUUUCGCAGACUGGCAGCUGGUCUUCCCAAAGACGCCGUCUAUCCGGCUGACAUGAAAGAGCUUGGGUAUCAUCAUCCCUCAAUGAUUCGCCCUGCGCUUGAAGCUAACAAUCCGUAGAUACUUCAUUGCUCCAAAUGAUGAGAUCAGAAGCAUUGAGAACCCCAAAGCCUACUUCAAAUUCUUCUUGACCAAGAAUGAUCGUUACAAUUGCAUGCAACGCGAGGCUAUGAAUGGUAAUUUCACUCCCCACCAAUCUCUUGCAAACCUGACAAGAUAUAGAAGUCAUCCGCAAGCUCAUCGCCCAACGCCUCUCCUCGCUCGGCCUUGGUCCCCUUCUCCUCCCCCUCGGUGCAACCCUCCAACAACCUCAUCUGCCGAUCUACAUGUCAGGCGACAUUGCCACGAAGAAGAGAGUCAUUGUCCUUUUCUACGAGCAUACCCAAGACAUUGGCGUUCUCGCACAUCGCAUUAUUGGCGGAAAAGGAGGAAUCAACGAGGGCUCUGUCAUAAACCUCGUCAAGUACAUCAAAGCCCAAAAGUCCUUCCCUGACAACGAUGAAUGCCCUGGUAUCAUCCUGGCCAACAUGGGUCAACUACGAUGGUCACGAAGAUUGAAUCGAGCGAUGACUCAAACAAGCUGGCUUGCUCUUCCACAGAAGACUGCGGUGGAGCCUCCUUUUCGAUUCGAUGCGGAGAAGAACUCGAUUCCGGAAAAUCGAGACGCGGCUCAGCAUGUUAAUUAUAUCUUCAACAAGGUGAUUGAUGAGUACUGUGAUCCUGCCGCGAAGAUCAAUGUCAUUGGUGUCUCUGAAGGUGCUGUCAAGUUCGCCGAGUUCAUGGAUGACUUUGCGAACUUUGGGAAGUGGGGGAGUAGAGUUACGGCUUUUGCUGCGUUGGCUACGUACUACCAUGCUGGUGACAUGAGAAAUGCCGACUUUGGAAAAUGGUUGGAUGAGGUUCGUACUUCCUCUUCUUCGCUAACAUAACAUAACAGAGCAUAUAACUAACCGAUCUUCCCAGCGUGGUCGAGCAUACUUCGUUUCCGACGAACCAUGUGGACAGUUCCUCGCCGGACCGCAAGGAACGAAACGUAUCCCUGCCCAUGGAUGUCCAUGUUUCAGUCUCAACGAGCCAUACUACAGCGAGUUGAUGCUUCCCAAGGGCUACAAAACCGUCAUCGACUGGUUCAAUGAGGUUUCUGCUGUUGCUGAAUAUAUGAAUCCUGAGUUCAAGACUGUUACUAUUGGUGGAGAGGGCGAUGAUGGUGUCGAUGGUGGAUUGAGAAGAUGGGAAGAGGAUGUUGAACCAGGAAGUGAGUGGAAGGCUCAUGAGGUUCCUGAGAAGUCGGAGGGAGAGGCGGAGGGUGCUCAACUUCUGGAUUCAGAGAAGGAUGUGGAGGCGGAGAAGGGUAUCAAGGAGGAGAAGGGUAUCAAGGAGGAGAAGGGCAGCGACAGCGACAAAGAAAACUUGAAGCCUAAGUCAGCAGAUUUCCAGAGCAUUCAAAUUGCCAUUCGGGGCUCAAUAGACAAGGCGAAAGCUGGCAACACAACAGGCAGAGUGGCUGGUGGUGGAAAGAUGACGAACGGAAAUGGCACUGAUCAGACGGAGGAGGUGGAGGUAUCCCAUCAUGAUACCGUUGACUAG